GCGACAUUGUACAAACAGCACUUUUGGCGAUACUAGCACACCAACCUUUUCGCUUGCCUUGACGCGCCUAAUAGCCGACAGAUAACAGAUAGGACCACUUAUAGCUGCACACGGACCUUGCGCCUACGUUUCGGCAACGUCAUCGGGCCCUCCAGCAACGCUACACCCAGAGCUUUUCACAGGACCCAUACCUAGCCGACAUGAACAGCACCAGACACAGAUUGCUUUACCAGCUGAACAGCCGCUGGAUCUACGGAAAGAUUCCGCUGUUACAUUCGAUAGUAUUCCUCUUGCAAAUGGCUGCUGUGAGUUUACUCACGCGCAAGUACAACCAGUACUAUGCUGCGCGACCGGUUCUGACCACGAUGAUAACCAACGCUGUGUUGGGUGGUAUAGCAGACACAGUAGCCCAGACAUUGACAGCUGUGCGGGAGCGCGCAGUUCGCAAGAAGGGAGGGCCAGCCAAGGAUGACUUCCUGGCGAUUGAGAUCCAUGACCUCGACAGGCGGAACCCCCUCAAUGACAACGACCUCAUUCCUGACUCGAAGAAACUCCCUCCACCUUUCGACUUCGAGCGCACCACGAGAUUCAUGUCGUACGGUUUCCUCAUGUCGCCGAUUCAGCACAGGUGGUUCCGCUUCCUGUCGUCGACCUUCCCAGUUACAAAGACGGCUACAUGGCUGCCAGCAUUGAAGCGCGUGGCUUUUGACCAAUUUCUGUUUGCUCCAGCUGGUUUGGCGGCUUUUUUUACCUUCAUGACAGUUGCUGAGGGAGGUGGUAAGCGUGCUGUGCAGCGCAAGUUCCAGGACGUCUAUGUGCCCGCGCUCAAGGCCAAUUACAUGGUAUGGCCGGCGGUCCAAAUCAUCAACUUUCGGGUCAUGCCUAUUCAAUACCAGAUCCCUUUUGUGUCGACCGUGGGAAUUGCCUGGACGGCCUACUUGUCCUUGACAAACUCGGCCGAUGAAGCCUAAGCCCCUCAAUCUACGCGAACAUAUUCCCUUGCACAAGUGUGCUGGGCACGAUAAGUUGAGUCGUGACAAUAUCACUUGAUUCCCCCUUGAGGUUUUUGCGUGUUUGCAUACUGGGUUGGGCAUUUCCGUGGCGUCAGGGCAAUCGGCUAUAGAUUCGGGGUUGUUGUGCAUGUACAACAUUCAAUUUGGUUAAAUCGAACUGGUAAUUUAUGU